GGUGGACUUCGCUAGAAUCAUCUGGUAAUCAGUACCCGUAAAUCAAUAAGGAAUUGUUAAAGAUCUGUUGGAGCAUUUCUGGAAUUUAGUUCGACAACCUAAAAAGGAAGAAGAAUUAAGAGACAUGCACUAGAGCGUUUAUUAACUCGUAAAAUCUUCGGGAAGUGAAAGAAACCUAAUAACAAGGGCACUGAAAUGCCAGAUGUCAUGGACACCGACAUGACGGAGAGAGAAGCUGUGACGGUGGUGCCUCAACAAGGUUCGAACGACGUCGUCAAAGAGUUAAUCACAUUGGCUCGCCAGCUCAUCAACCAAGGAAAACCUUCUCAGGCUCUACAAGCUGUUGUCAUGGCAAUGCGUACCAAAGGUGGGGAUGAGGCUGUGUUUCAGUCCCUGAAUCGUGCUCGUGAGCUGUACAGGAACAGAAUGCAAGAGAACACUGCUGUUGAUCAACUUGCGGCUUUGUUUGCUGAGUGUGCAAUUGCUGAAGCCCAGCCUUCUACAAUGGAAACAUUGGCUUGUAAUGUAGGUGGCCCAUCAAUACCACCAGAUGCUCAUGUGAACUCUAUUCUUGCAGAAACUGGCAGGAUGCAAAUUGUGUUGGAUGCAUUCUCAGAUGGAAGCAGCUUUAUCUGUCUACAAUGUGGUGGUCUUGUUAGUAACCAUCGCAAAGAUGAGCAUUAUGCCUACUGGUGUUGCAAGCUCUGAUGUGCUAGAAUGUAGAAUAUCCGGUCCAUGAAGUGCUCCUUGGCAUGUUUCAUUAGCAUACUGUUGCCCUACUUCUACAUUGGAAUACAUGGUUCAAGAAUGCCAAACAUGAUCAUUAUCAGAUAAAAUGCUAAAAGCCAUAAGAGGGGGUUAAUUGGUCAAAGUUGGAUUUAAGGAAAACCCGCUCUCUUGUUUUGAUAACUAUAGAUAGUGUUUGCUCUAUUUUAGUUGUCAAUACAUUUACAUGGAUCAAAAUCUGUGUAUGUAAUAAUCUUGUAUUCCUUUUUCAUUUUGCUAAUCGAGUGUUUUCUUUUUCUCCUGCCCA